AUGCCGUCUGUUUUGGAAACAAGUGCUCUUGAGUUCGAAAGAUUUUACAGUUUUAUAAACAGCACAAAGGAAUUUGUUGUGAACACUCCAGAAUUGCAAUCGUGGACUACUUACGUGUACGUUUCCGUUGCCGUUAUGGUAUUAUGGAAAUUAUAUUGUUUACUUUUUGUACCGUUAAACCGUGUCCGAAAACUUUCAGACGUCGGAUAUCUGACGGAUCCUGGCUUUUCUAAACGAGAAACUGCCAAUAAUGUGAGGAAACGUAGAAAAAUUGGAGAUAUUCCACCAGUUUAUCCCAAUGGCUGGUUUGGACUUUGUGAAUCCUUCCAAAUUGAGAAAAAAGACGUGAAAUAUAUUGAAGUUUUAGGUUUAAAUUUAGCAGUAUUUAGAGGCGAGAAUGGCGAAGCUUUUGCCGUAGAUGCAUAUUGUCCACAUAUGGGAGCAAAUAUGGCGGCUGGUGGACGAGUAGAGGGUAGUGAACUAGUAUGUCCAUUUCACGCCUGGAAAUUUCGAGGUGAUGAUGGAGUUUGCUCACACAUUCCUUACUGUGAAAAAGUGCCUUCUGUUGCUAAAGUGAAGUCCUGGCCUGUCAUGGAAGUCAAUGGGUGGAUUUAUUUAUGGUUUCAUGCUGAGGGCAUUGAUCCAUCAUGGUUUCCGUAUACCAUAGAAGGAAUCGCUGACGGGAGUUGGAAAUAUGGUGGUCGUACUGAACAUUACGUUAAUUCACAUAUUGAGGAGAUUCCUCAAAAUGGAGCUGAUGUUGUUCAUUUGGAACAUGUACAUAGUCCUCUAUUAGGAGCAGGUGUGGAUCUACGUUAUAUGUGGUCUAAAUUCUGGGGAUUCGGACAUCACGUGUGGAAUGCUCAGUGGUCAGCUGAAUCCUCUCCUAAUGAACAUAUCGGUGUAAUGAAACUUGGACACAGUAUUAAAUGUUUUGGUGAUAAUUUAUCUAUUAUUGACAUGGAAGUAAUUGCUAAACAGAUAGGGCCCGGUAUUGUAUAUAUGGAAUUUUCUAGUGCAUUGUGUACAGGUGUUUAUAUUCAAAGUUUAACACCAGUAGAGCCCAUGUUACAGAAGAUGGUACAUAAUAUUUACGUCAAUUGGACGGUACCAAUGUGUAUAGCCAAAUUUUAUUUAUUAGCUGAAGCCAUUCAGGUUGAACGAGAUAUAAUGAUAUGGAAUAAUAAGAAAUAUGAAAGUAAACCAUUACUGGUCAAAUCAGCAGAAGAUGGUCUUGUGGCAAGACAUAGACGAUGGUACCAACAAUUCUACUCCGAAAACAGUCCAAAAUUUACUUUCCAAAAGAAUGACCUAGAGUGGUAG